CCACACUUCUCAGACAGCCAUCUCUAUCAGCGUUUGCUGGCACUUGUUUGGGGUGGUGAGCUAUCAGAGGCAACUUCUCCUAUGCGUCCUUUCCCUCUUGCCGUACACCAUACCACCGAUUCUGGCGAAUCUGUUCCAUUUCGUUCCCUCUUUGCCCUCUUCAUUUUACUUUUUACUCUAUUUAUUCUGGUAAUCGGAAACCCUGGUGCAAUGGACUUCAGUCAUGACAAUCCUUUCAUUGGCAUCACUCUCUCAGGCCUCUACCGCUCUGCAACAAAAAGCUAG